UCCGCCAUUGUUUGCCUUCUAUGCAUGCAGGCUCGGUGAUGGCUGCGGGUGAUGGGAAGGGCACCAUGACAGCUCAGCACCAUCUCUAUGAUGCCAUUGUGAUAGGGGCUGGCAUCCAGGGCUGCUUCACAGCAUACCACCUGGCCAAACACAAGAAGAGGGUCCUUUUGCUGGAGCAGUUCUUGCUACCGCACUCCAGAGGAAGCUCUCAUGGGCAGAGUCGAAUAAUCCGAAGGGCGUACCCUGAAGACUUUUACACCCAAAUGAUGGAUGAGUGUUACCGAAUGUGGGCACAGCUGGAGAAAGAGACUGGGACCCAACUACACAGGCAGACAGGACUCUUGCUGCUGGGAAGGAAAGAGAAUCAAGAGCUGAAGACAAUCCAAGCUACUCUGUCUAGGCAUGGAGUGAAGCACCAGUGUCUCCAACCUGAGCAACUGAAGCAACGUUUCCCCAACAUACGGCUGGCAACGGGAGAGAUUGGGCUCUUGGAUGAGUCUGGUGGCAUCCUCUAUGCUGACAAGGCACUCAGAGUCCUCCAGGAUGUAAUUCGACAGGAAGGAGGUAUAGUGCGUGAUGGAGAAAAGGUGCUGGAGAUCAAACCAGGACAACUGGUCAUGGUAAAAACGCCUGCCGGGAGCUACCAAGCCAAGAGCUUGAUCAUCACAGCAGGUCCUUGGGCCAACAGACUCCUCCAGCCCUGGGGUCUGAGUCUCCCUACACAGACACUGAGGAUUAAUGUAUGUUACUGGCGAGAGAAAGUUCCUGGGUGCUAUGAUGUAGCACAGGCAUUUCCAUGCUUCCUGAGCCUGGAAAAGAAUCUGGGUUCCCACCAUGUCUACGGACUGCCCUCCCGAGAGUACCCAGGACUAAUGAAGGUCUGCUAUCACCACGGCAACAAGGCGGAUCCAGAGGAGCGGGACUGCCCGGCAGCCUUGUCUGACAUCCUAGAUGUCCAGAUCCUGCGCAGCUUUGUCAGCGAACACUUACCAGACCUUGAGUCGGAACCUGCCAUCAUGGAGCGCUGCAUGUAUACGAACACUCCAGAUGAGCACUUUGUCCUUGACCGUCACCCAAAGUAUGACAACAUUAUCAUCGGUGCUGGAUUUUCUGGGCAUGGAUUCAAACUGUCCCCUGUGGUGGGGAAGAUCCUGUAUGAAUUAAGCAUGAAAUUAACACCUUCCUAUGACUUGACACCUUUUCGAAUCAGCCGCUUCUCCAACUAGGGAACAGCAGCCUUUGAUCCUGGGCAGUAGCCUCCUUCUGUGCUGCAUAGCUUGCAUAGCUGAGAAGAAAUCUCAGAUGAAGGAAGGAAAGAAAAAUAUCUCAGAUGGAGAGACCACAUUCUUUUCUUCUGCCUCUCUUGAGCCCCCUGCAAAUCCAAAACGAUUGGAUUUUUCUUCUUUCCCUUGCCAACUCCUCAGUUCCACUACUUUGCUUUCAGAAAGUCAAUCAGAUUUUCCAUAAUCACAGAGUAAUGAAGUCCUGGGAGAUUGAUAUAUGUGUGUGUGUAUGUGUGUGCGUGUGUGUGUGUGUGUGUGUGUGUGUGUGCGCGUGUG